UUCUCUCCUCCUCCUCCUCCUCCUCCUCCUUCCUCUUUCUCUCUCACACCUUCACACAUUUCCCCACAUUCUCCCUCUAUCCCAGGUUGUGAGUUGGUUUUGAAGGAGAGGAGGCAAAGGAGGAGAUCUACAUACAUCAUUUACUAUCAUUGAUUACUUUGUUCAUCCUCUUCCCAAUCAAUCAAAAAAGAAAAAAAAAAAAAAAAGGAGGAAUUUUUCCUUUUUUUGAGAGUAGUAAUCUCAUUUAGUAUCACAAAAUGGGUCUAUCAUUCUCAUACCCUAUAGAUGACUAUGAUUAUUUGGAUGAGAGCUUUGAAUCUCUCCUCAUGAGAUCUUUCAGCUUCACCGACAAAGUUAAGAGCACCCUGCGGUCCCUGAGCUUCAACGGCCGCGAUUCCGAGCCCGCGAUAUUCAAAGCCUUCGGCUCGGCGAAGCUGAUCAUAGAAGGAUCUCUGAGUUUCAAUGGAAAGGAAACCAUGAUCUCUAUAAAGAGCCCUACCUCCAAGAAAAAGAGCUCCAAGAAAUCACCUUGCGCUAGUAAAUCGCGAUUUAGCCCUUCGUACGAAAGCCCCAAACUUACCGCGCCGGAAAGCCCGCAGCAUGAGGCGGCGUUGAAGCUGCAGAAGGUCUACAAGAGCUUUCGGACGAGGAGGCAGCUCGCGGACUGCGCUGUCCUUGUUGAGCAGCAUUGGUGGAAACUACUUGAUUUCGCACUGUUGAGGAGAAGUUCUGUGUCUUUCUUCGACAUCGAGAAGCCAGAGACGGCUGUUUCUAAAUGGUCGAGGGCGAGGACUAAAGCUGCUAAGGUUGGUAAAGGGUUAUCAAAGGAUGAGAAAGCUCAGAAACUUGCAUUGCAGCAUUGGCUCGAGGCCAUUGAUCCUCGCCAUCGAUACGGUCACAACCUUCACUACUACUAUGAGUGUUGGCUCCACUGUGAGAGCAAGCAACCCUUUUUCUAUUGGCUAGAUGUGGGAGAUGGGAAGGAGGUAAAUCUUGAAGAGCACUGCCCUAGAUUGACACUUCAACAGCAAUGUAUCAAGUAUCUCGGCCCGAAAGAAAGAGAGGCUUAUGAAGUCAUUGUUGAGGAUGGAAUAUUCAUGUACAAAGAGAGCCGGAAACUUCUAGACACUUCUGAGGGCCCUGAGGAUGUGAAAUGGAUCUUUGUUCUGAGCACAUCAAAAGCUUUAUAUGUUGGUCAAAAAAAGAAGGGAACAUUUCAGCACUCGAGUUUUCUUGCUGGAGGAGCUACUUCUGCUGCUGGGAGAUUAAUUGUAGAGAAUGGAGUUCUUAAGGCAGUUUGGCCUCAUAGUGGGCACUAUCGGCCAACGGAAGAAAAUUUCCGAGAGUUCACGAGCUUCCUCAAGGAAAAUAAUGUCGAUCUUACGGAUGUUAAGUUAAGUCCAACCGAGGAGGACGAGGAACUGGGGCAGAUAAUCCGAACCAGCAGCUCCGAACCGAACUUUGCCGAAAGUAACUACUUCAGCAAGCCAGAAGCUCAAAAGAAGCAUUCUUAUGCUUAUGAUGCAGCAAAAAUCUCCAUUCCAGAAGAAAAUGCAAGCUCGUGUAAGGCUCCUGGACCAGAAUCACGAGAGAGGAAAACGAAAAGAUCACUCCAUCUAGAGCUUCCCCCGAAGAAUAUUGUGUUUUUUGACGCACAAGAGAACAAAGAAAAUGACAAAGGUGAAGAAGAGGAAGGAGAAGAAGAAAUCGAUGAGGAGCGUGUCAUGUUCUGCAAAGAAAACCUAUUCGAAGAAGGAGAAGAAGAGACAGACGAGGAAGCGGUGCUGCAGGAAUUGAUUCUUCGAAGGAUCAGUUCGAAGAAAGGAGUGAAAUCUUAUCAACUGGGCAAGCAAUUAUCCUUCAGAUGGACUACGGGGGCUGGCCCGCGGAUUGGUUGGGUGAGGGGUUACCCGCCGGGGCUUCAAUUUCGCGCAUUAGAGCAAGUGAACUUAUCUCCGAGAAACCUAGAGCAAGUGAACUUAUCUCCGAGAAACCUGGGACCGUCUAGAUUUGCUUCACCGAGAACUUGUUAUAGUCCGAGUCCGAGAGUUAAAGAGACAUUGAAGGUGAAAGAGGAGGCACAAGCAACACAAAUGAGAAGAGAGAGUGAUAGGUGAAGGUGAGUGAGGCCUUUUGAAGUUGGUGAAAUUGUUGAAUGUAUAGAAAAGGAGUGUUUGAUUCAUACUUCUUGUAGAUUGGGUAGAGAAAUAUUGUGUGUUUGAAAGUAUUUAUAAAUUUUCGAUGGAUCAAAUAGAAACCAAAACCAUUCAAAAGUUAUUAUA